AAAAACUAUUGUUAAACAAGUAUUGUUUAAAAGUAAAAACAAUUUUAAAUAGUUAAUAAAAAAUAAAGUUUUUAAAAUUGGAGUAUUGGAAUGUCUUCAAAUCAAAAGCAAUCAGUUUCAUCAAGAGGAGGAUCAAUCACAAAAAGAGAAUCAACCGCAGGGAGAACGUCAACUGUAAGAAGAGAAUCGAUUACUAGAAAUGAUUUUGAUAAUAUGUACCCUCAUAAUCAUUUAUUUGUUCUCAAACCAGAAAAUGCUUUUCGCAGAGCAUGCGUGAAAAUCAGCACUUCAAAACCUUUUGAGAGUUUCAUAAUGCUUGUCAUAAUUUCAAAUUGCGUCAUGAUGGCAUUAAAUGCUCCCUUGCCAGAGGGAGACAAGUCAAAUAUUAACACAAAACUGGAACAAUUUGAAGUGUAUAUGCUUGCAAUAUUUAUAUUAGAAGCAUUUUUAAAAGUUGUGUCUCAAGGGUUUAUUUUACACGCUAAUUCAUAUCUACGAACUCCGUGGAACAUUCUUGAUUUUGUUGUUAUUGUCACAGGUAUUCUUCCUUAUGUUGGGCUUAAAGAUGGAGGAAAUUUGAAGUUUAUAAAAGCUGCUAAAGUUUUAAGACCUCUUAAACUUGUUUCUGGAGUACCAAGUUUACAACUUGUCAUGAGUGCUAUUUUAAAGUCAAUGGGAUCAUUAAUGGAGAUAUCUUUACUUAUUGGAUUUGUUAUUGUAAUUUAUGCAAUUAUAGGAACAUCGUUAUUAACUGGCACAUUUCGUCAAACAUGUGUUUUUAACUACUCUAAUGUUUUUGAGGUUGCAUCAUAUGAUAAUGAUAAUCCUUCAUUAUGUGGUAUACCUGAUAGUAGUGGAAGGCAAUGUGACAAUGGUGCAUUGUGUUUAAAGAAAUGGUCUGGUCCAAAUAAUGGCAUUACAAGCUUUGAUAACAUCUUGCUUGGAUGUAUUACUGUGUUUCAGUGUAUGACAUGUGAAGGGUGGACAGAUAUUAUGUAUGCGGUUUUUAAAGUAUAUGAUUACAAGGGGCGGUUUACUUGGAUUUACUUUUAUUCACUUAAUGUAGUUGGUGCGCAGUUUAUGCUUAACUUAGUUUGUGGUGUACUUAGUGGAGAGUUCAGUAAAGAAAAUGAGCGUGUUGCGAAUCGGGAUGAGUUUUUAAGACAGCGUGCAGAAUUAGCUGCUGAGAGAGCAUUAGAAAAGUAUGAUGGGUGGAUAGAUGAAGGCGAACUUGCUGCUGCUAGAGAGCAAGAAGAAAAAUUAAAAAAACAAGAAGAGCUAGAAGACCAGGGAGAAAUUGUUGAACCUCCUCUUACUGGUCUGCAAGUUUUUAUUGCAAGAAAUACUGUUAUUCGAACAAAGUUAAAGACAUUCAUGUUAUCUAACUUUAUGUACUGGGUUGUUAUUGGGUUAGUCUUUUUAAACAGUGUAUCUGGUAUAAUGCAAUAUUAUAACCAAAAGAAAUGGAUUGAUGAUGUUAUAAAUAUUACAGACAAUAUCUUUUUGGCAUUCUUCUUUUUGGAAAUGUGUUUGAAGAUUUAUGCAUUGGGACCCAUAUUAUAUUUUCAAUCAAAAUUUAAUUUGUUCGACUGUGUGGUUGUAUUUGCAAGUGUAAUAAAUUGGCUUAUGAAUUUUUUUUUGAAAAUAAACCUUGGUGUUUCUGUGUUACGUCAACUUCGACUUAUGAGACUCUUUAAAUUUACAUCACAUUGGAGUUCAUUGAAAAAUUUAAUUGCAUCAAUCUUAGCUAGCAUGACAUCAAUCAUGAGUUUAGUAGUGUUGCUAUUACUUUUCCUUAUGAUUUUUGGGUUACUUGGCAUGCAACUUUUUGGUGGACAGUUGAAGUUAACUAAUCCACGUUCAAAUUUUGAUGACUUCUUUAACGCUAUAUUAACUGUUUUUCAAAUUGUCACAGGUGAAGAUUGGAAUAACACAAUGUAUGAAGGAAUUAAUGCGUAUGGAGGACCAUUAAAAGCAGCUGGCCUUUCAGUUUCAUUGUAUUAUAUAUUAUGCACAUGUCUGGGAAAUUUUGUUUUGUUAAAUGUGUUUUUGGCUAUUGCUGUAGACAAUAUAUCUUUGACUGCAGAUGAAAAAGAACAAAUAGAAGAAGAAAAAAAAGCUUGUGAAGAACAUUUAAAGGAGGUUCAUGAAAAGUAUUCUCCAUCCCAUUCAAAUGAAGAAGAACCAUCUGAUGAGCGUACUGAAGGUAUGCAUCCUCAUGGAGAAUUUGAUUCUUGCCCAAAUAAUGGUGUUCCUGCAAAGCCAGGAGAGAACUUUAUUGAAAAUUUGAAGAAUCCUGCAAGAAUGCUUCCUCAGCCAUUCAAACCACCAAUCCUUGAACAAAACACCUUGUUCUUUUUACCACCAACAAAUGUGGUAAGAAAAGUAAUUCAUGAAGUAAUAUCUUAUGCAUACUUUGAUGAUAUUAUUCUUGGUAUGAUCUUGAUGAGUAGUGUUUUAUUGGCUUUUGAAGAUGUUACAGAUCCAAAAGCAAAAAUCAACGCUGUUCUUGCCUAUAUUGAUUAUGGUUUUUCGACAAUAUUUACAUUAGAAGCCAUUUUAAAGAUAAUAAACUAUGGUCUAAUCCUACAUCCUGGUGCAUUUUUUCGUGAUGCUUGGAAUUGUGUUGAUAUGUUUGUUGUGGCUUGUUCUAUUACCUCUAUUGUUUUAAGUGCAAACCAAAAAUCAGGAAAACCAGUUAUGGUUAAAUCACAAAUUAUUAAAGUUCUGCGUAUUUUACGAGUAUUACGACCAUUGAAAGUAAUAAAUAAAGUUCCAAAGCUAAAAGCUGUGUUUAUAUGUAUGAUAUUUUCAUUAAAAAACGUUGUCAUGGUACUUAUAAUAACAGCUCAACUUUUGCUCAUUUUUUCUAUUAUGGGUGUACAAUUGUUUAAUGGACUCUUUUGGUAUUGUACUGAUGAAUCCAAAGAUAUGAAUGAAUGCCAUGGAAAUUACAUCACUUUUGAUAAAAACAACUACAAUACACCAGUUGAAAAUGAACGAACCUGGCAAACUUAUCCUUUUAACUUUGAAAAUACAGUUGAGGCCUUUAUUACUUUGUUUGCAUCUUCAACUGGUGAUGGUUGGUACAUACAUAUGCAGCGUGGAAUAGAUAGUAGAGGAGAUGGGCUCGGUCCUAUAAGAAAUAAUAAAGUGUGGAUAUCCAUUUACUUUCUUAUGUUUGUUGUUAUUUUCUCAUUUUUCUUCAUCAAUGUUUUUGUUGGUAUGAUCAUUCUCACAUUUCAAGAACAAGCUGCAGCUGAAAGUGGUUUAGAACUUGAUCGAAACACUAAAAACAGUUUAAUUUUUGCGAUGUCUUCCAAGCCAAUGGAGCGCUUUAUGCCAGAGGAUGUCAAAAGUUGGCAAUAUACUGCUUGGGCAUUGAUUGAGUCUUAUCCAUGGGAAAUGCUGAUAACAUCUUUAAUUAUAAUGAAUAUACUCACCAUGGUGAUAGAGUAUGAAGGUGAACCUGAUAACUACAAUGUAUUUAUGAAUAAAGUCAGUUUGGUGUUUUCUUUUGUGUUUCUCUUUGAAUUCGCUCUUAAGUUUUUUUCACUUGGUUGUAAUUAUUUUAAAGAUUUUUGGAAUGUAUUUGAUAUGUUAAUUGUAUUUGGUGGACUAUUAGAUUUUGUGAUUAAAACCUUUUUUAAACAAGUAAAAUUUGACACAAGCAUUUUUCGUUUGUUUCGUGCAUUAAGAUUGAUUAAGUUACUUAGAAGAAGUCGUUCGUUACGAAUUUUACUUUGGACGUUUUUAAAGUCAUUUCAGGCAUUGCCUUAUGUUGGUAUGCUUAUUUUUCUAUUGUUUUUUGUAUAUGCUAUCAUUGGAAUGCAGGUUUUCUCUCAAAUUUCACUUGAUAAUCCUGCUGAGCCAUAUAACAAUAUAAAUGCAGACAACCAUUUUCGAAGCUACUUUAGCUCAACUCAAGUUUUGUUUAGAAUUGCUACAGGUGAAAACUGGCCAGGAGUUAUGCGUGCAUGUACAGCUGAUGCUCUAUGUGAUAAGAACUUACCUUCUUAUGACCAAAUCUCUGAAAAAUGUGGAACAUUUUUAGCUUAUAUAUACUUUAUUUCAUUUAUUUUCUUUUGCACAUUUUUGAUGUUAAACUUGUUUAUUGCUGUUAUUAUGGAUAACUUUGCAUUCCUUACUGAAGAUUCUAGCAUACUUGGACCUCAUCAUUUGGAUGAAGUAGUCACUGUGUGGUCAGAUUUUGAUCCACGAGCCACUGGUCGUAUUAAGCACACUGAAGUGUGUGAACUCCUUCGGCAAAUGCUACCACCAGUUGGUCUUGGUAGGAGAUGUCUGAAAGUUUUGGCUUACAAGCGUUUAGUAAAAAUGAACAUGACUUUGUAUAAAGAUGGCACAGUUGAUUUUAAUGGAACGUUUUUUGCUUUGGUACGCACAGGUCUUGAAGUCUAUACUGAAAAUGCAAAUCUAAAAAGUAAUGAUGUGGCAUUUCGUCAAAUGUUAAAGAAAGAGUUUCCAAAUAUCUCCAAAAGAACUUUGGACUUAAUUAUCCCCAGAACUCCUAAAGAUAAUAAACAAAUGACAAUAGGAAAAAUAUAUUCUGCUAAACUUAUGUGGGAGAACUACAAAAGUAUGCGAAAUCGUGGUCAAAGAAGGAAAUCAGUAUAUGUUACCGAAACUCUUACGACCGAAGACGACGUCUAAAAUAUAUGGAGCAAAUUAUGCUUAAGAAUUGCACACUUUAUGAUAAUCUGUUUGCAUUUCGUUAAAAUUCCAUUUCAUUGAUUUGAAUAAGUUUGUAAAAUUUGUGAAAUUUUAAAUAAUCAAAUAAAAUGCGUGUGUUAUAAAUAUGUUUAAUCAAAUAAAAUGUGUGUGUUAUAAAUUGUAUUUAAAAGUUUAUUAGAUUGUAUUAAUUUGUAUAUUGCAGUUAAUAUCAUGUAUUUAUACUCUUGUAAAUAAUAAAAAAGU